AUGUUUUCAACCAGAUUAAUUUCACGUUCAAACAAAAUCCUUGCUGCUACAGGUCGUGUUGUUGGCUUGCGUUCAUAUUCCAUCCAUCAUAAGAACACUAACAACAAGAUAGUAUCAUCAUCAUCAUGGACAAAUAAUUUCGGAUUAAAAUCCUCUCCAUCGAAAACUUUGAUCGGACACACCGGUAUGAUGACUCUAUCAGGUGUAAACAAUAUGAGAUUUGAAAGUAUAACAGUGAAAGUCCCAUCUCUUGGUGAAUCUAUUCGUGAUGGUGAAAUUGCUGUUUGGUUUAAAAAGGAAGGAGAUUCAUGUAAAGAAGAUGAGGUUAUAGUGGCCAUUGAUACCGACAAGGUGCAAGCUGAAGUGAAAGCUCCCCAAAGUGGUGUUAUCACAAAGAUUUUAGUUCCAAAGACUGGAGAAAAAGUUGAAGUGGGCAGUGCACUAUUUACUCUUGAUACUGCAGGUGCAGCAGCAACUUCUCCUUCAACCGCAGCAGCACAAACACAACCUUCACAACCUGCUACUUCUUCACCUUCAACAACAACAACAGAAACAUCUAGCACGGAACAUCACAAGAGAGAACCAAUGAUUAAAUUUAGAUAUGGUAAGAGAGAUCUUAUCGAGCAAGAAAUGAAGAACAAGUCCAAAGCAACAGCACAAAGUGUUGCUACUCCUCAAGCCUCCUCACCACAACCAACAGCAAAACCAUCUGCUCCUUCUACUCCAACAAUUAGCGGUACUACUUAUUAUUAUCAAUCUUUGAGCGACCUUCCAGCUCAAUAUAGAAGAAAGAAAAUUUCACAAAAAGAAAUUGAUGCCAUUUCGUAUGGUGGUGAGGUUGCCAUUCCAGAGGUCAAGAAACCUGAAAAGAAGAAAUAA